AUGGAAACCCCACUGAUGCCUCCCCUCAACAGUCAAAGCGACUACCCCGACUACCUCGUCCCAGUCAGUGAGCCACGCAUGGGAUUCAAGUUCGGCUCCAACCUCCAGCAGCACGUCCAAGUCUCCGAAGCCACCGAUCUUGUCGAAAGAUUCGCUGCCGGCCUAGAGACAUGUUCUUCUUCGUAUCUGAACCACGCUGUUUCAGCAAAAGGGAUUGCCUACGAUAGAGGGUGCAUUGUCAUACUCGUCAGGCCGAAGCGUGGUGAGAUAGUCGAGAAAUUCACGUAUGAUACGGUGGUACAGGCUUUGCAUGGGUAUGCGCAGUGGUUGCAUGAGAGGCGGGAAGAGACCAUCACAAGAGCGCGAGUCAAUAUCUGGGUUACGGAAUAUGAGGUUAUGGGACCGCAGUUGGUGUAUUAUGGCUCUAUGGGGUUUUUUGAUACGCCGACGAGAGGUGGUACGGUUGAUGCUGGGAGUUUGUUGAGUGUAGAGUAG